AUGAAAGCCGCAAUCCUCCCAGCCUUCGGCCAACCCCUCGAGAUACAUACAAAACCAGACCCCCCCAAUCGGCACCGGCGAAGUCCUCGUCGAAGUAGUCGCAGCCCAAAUCUACCACUACACCAACGAAGUCCUAAGCGGUGCCCGCAAAUACCUGCUCCCAGCCCCCGUAACGCCAGGCUGCGGCGGCAUAGGCCGUGUGAUCGCUACAGGGCCCGACGCAACGACCCUGCAGCCUGGCGACUGGGUAUUCUGCGACCCAACCGUGCGCAGCAGAGACAGCCUCUCCAACCCGGACAUCGUGCUGCAGGGUGGAGUGCACGCGGACCGGGCGGGCAGAAGAUUCAGGCGUACCAUCGAGACGGCACGUUUGCGUCGCGAGUGCGCGUGCCGACGGAGAAUGCGAUCCCCAUUGGGGAGAUCGAGGAUGCGGAGGCGGGGCAUUGGUGCGCUCUGGCGGCGCUGCUUAUCCCGUACGGGGGCCUGUUAGCGAUGGAGUUUCGGGCGGGCGAGACGCUGCUUGUUAGUGGUGCGACGGGGCCGCUUGGGGGCGCAACGGUGCUGCUUGCGCUGGCGAUGGGGGCGAGGGAGGUUAUUGCGGUUGGACGGAAUGAGGGUAAGUUGGCGCAGCUGAGGGAGAGGCUUGGGCCGCGGGUUGUUCCUGUGAAGCUUAGUGGAGAUUCUGAGAAAGAUAUCGCGGCGAUGAAGGCGGCUGCGGCGGGGGGCAUAGAUGCUGUGCUUGAUUUCCUGCCGCCGGCUGCGAGUGCGACUGUUGCGCGUAGUGCGAUCAUGGCUGUGCGGCCAUAUGGGCGGGUUGUACUGAUGGGGGGUGUCGGGAUGCUGGGGGGAGAGGAAUUGCAGUUGCCGUAUCCUUGGAUUAUGCGCAAUCUGAUUACCAUCAAGGGACAGUGGAUGUAUGAGCCUUCUGCGGUGCGGACAAUAGUUGGAAUGAUUCGGAGUGGACAACUGGAUAUCUCUGCUUUUGAUGUGACGGAAUUUAGUCUGGAGAAUAUCAAUGAGGCUGUGGAUCAUGCUGCUGAGACGGGAGGUCCGUUCAAGUUGACCAUUGCGCGUCCUUGA